GCCGCCUUUUCUAUUUUUUAUUUUUUUCUCUUCGCUCUCAUCGUCUACUGUAUUUCUGUGAACAAAUUAUUUCUUAUAUUAUACUAUUAUUCCCUCCCUCCUUCGCUACACCCCUCUUUCCUCUCUUUCCUUUUCUUCUUCAUUCUCCUACCCAUCAUCUCCACACCGUCUAGGGAUCCUAGGGAAACCCCAGACUGGUACUUUGGUCUCAAUUUCAUUGCCUCCUACUUCCGUGCCUCUUUCUAAAUACACAGGUUGAGAAAGCGCCACCGAUUCUGUCUAUCGACCCUUGUAUAUAUAGUCCGUCCAUAUAUAACGCUAGGCCCCUCUCUUGCCAAGCAGUCCAUCAUGUCUUUCUCCGGCCGUCGUGUGAGCAUCCUGCGUCCCGGAAACCGUCGGUUUUCGCUGGGCAAGGAACUGUCCGAGAACGAACUCCGAUCGGAAACUCACCGUCAAUUCCGCAGCGCCCAUGAGGGUCACCGUCCCCAUGCCGGUCUCGAUGCCUCUCGUGCCUCCACGGGUGUCGUCUGGUGUACAGAGCGCGCGAGCGAACACGGCUACGCAGAGGAUCCCUCGAGCUGGGCCAACCUUGGCCAGGGUGCCCCCGAAGCCGACGAUGAGAUCGAUGGCAGUUUCCCCCGUCCCACCAGCAUUCCCAUCACCUCCGCCGCUCGCGAGUACGGCCCGACCGCCGGUAUCAAGCCUCUGCGCGCCGCCGUCGCCCGCUUGUACAACGAACAUUACCGUCAGGGCAAGGAGAGCCAGUAUACCUGGGAGAAUGUCUGCAUUGUCCCCGGUGGUCGUGCUGGAUUGAUCCGUAUCGCUGCCAUCCUGGGCAACUCGUACCUGUCUUUCCCGAUUCCCGAUUACUCCGCCUACUCGGAGAUGUUGACAUUGUUUAAGAACAUUGCGCCCAUUCCCAUCCCUCUUGCCCAGGAUGACCACUACCACAUCCAUCCCGAUAAGAUCGCGGAGGAAAUCGCCCGCGGUACCUCUGUCCUGUUGACCUCCAACCCUCGUAACCCGACCGGCCACUUCGUCUCCCACGAGGAGCUCGCUCGCAUUCAGGAUAUCUGCAGAGAUCGCGCGACGCUGAUUCUCGACGAGUUCUACGGUGGUUACAACUAUACCACCGACUGUGACGGAUCCACCAUCAGCGGUGCUGAGCACGUGGUGGAUGUCAACCAAGAUGAUGUCUUGUUGAUUGACGGUCUCACGAAGCGUUUCCGUCUCCCGGGAUGGCGUAUCGCCUGGGUUGUCGGUCCCAAGGAGUUCGUUGAUGCCCUGGGUUCUGCUGGCUCGUACCUGGACGGUGGCGCCAACGUGCCCUUCCAGGAGGCCGCCAUCCCUAUGCUUGAGCCUUCCCUCGUGAGAGCUGAGAUGAAGGCGUUGCAGACUCACUUCCGUGAGAAGAGAGACUUUGUUCUUCAACGCCUGCACGAGAUCGGUUUCCGCGUAAAGGAUGUCCCGCAGGCCACCUUCUACAUCUGGCUUGAUCUCACCUCUCUGGAGCCUCCCCUCCCUAAGGAGGCUAACAUUUCCGACGGAUUGAACUUCUUCAACGCGCUCUUGACCGAGAAGGUCAUUGUGGUGCCGGGUAUCUUCUUCGAUUUGAACCCCGCUAAGAGACGUGAUCUCUUCGACAGUCCUUGCCACCACUUCGUUCGUCUGAGCUACGGGCCUAAGAUGGAUGUCCUGAAGAUGGGUCUGGACGGUAUCGAGAGGGUGAUCCGCCGCGCUCGCGCCCAGUUCGAGCCCAAGCCGGAGGAUGAGGUUGCCAGCGGCGCAGAGGUUGACGAUGUGCAAUAUGAUGUGUGUGCGAUUAUGGCCCUCAACCUCCAGCGCUUUCUUAACUUGACAUUCUUUACCUUUCUUUCGGUGGUCCUCUUCCUCCUCAUUAUCCUUACCCCGGCCGACGCGAUCUACCAGUGCUACAUCACCCGACGCCUCACGAACAUCUUCAUUAUCACGGGCGGCUACGUGGUCACCUUCAUUCUCACAAUCCUCAUCUAUGCAACACGCCUGUACACCAACCGUACCGUUCUCUCUGGAAUCCCCAAGGCUUGGAUCCCCGUGGAGAAGGAAGAUGUGGGCAAGAGCGUGCGACGACUGGUGAAGGAAGGGCUGGCCCACAGCGCGAUCAUUGCCUACCAAGCCCGCCCGCGCGACCUCGCUGCCGACGGGGAUAGCUUUGCCAACUACGAGUCGCUGCUGAUCGACCGCGAGCACCCGCCCUGGGGCCAGAUCGAGCAUCCCGGGUGGUCCUCUCCUUCAUGCGCGGACUUACCGGAUCUCCCGUACCGGACCGUGAUCCAAGAACUGCCUCAUCUGAUUGAGGCCAAAGCCGUUUCCCUCGCGCCUCCCGAUCCGAUCUUCGCGGGGGUGCAUCGGUCGCUUCGCGCGCCGUUCUCUGAUACCGACGAGUCGUUCCCAGAUACCCGGGUGGUGGAAGUGCUACGGCGGCCGGUCUCGAUGGGCCUGCGCGAAUACCUGCAGCAUCUCGCUGGCCUGGAUGUUAUCCAUCCGCCGGAGGUGGGCGCGGAGUUCAUCGCGCUCUACGAACGGGCGCGCUUCUCGUCGCGGGAUCUACAUGAGGACCAAUUCAGGGAGUUGAUGCAUGUCUUUGCGGAGCUGUUGCGAGGGAUGAAGGGGCUGGAUCCGCAGGUGCUGGCUGAGCUGCAGGAUGGCAGGAGCAGUCAUACGGAGAGUGAGUCCGUCAUCGGGCCUUCAGACGAGGAAGGCGAGACGGAGACCAUAGACUCAUUCCAGGACAGCGAUGCACUCUCCCGGGGCCGCAGUAAUAGCCUCCGGCCUUCGAACGCGUCGUCCUCUUGGGAUGCCCAUUCCGCUAGACACGGUCGCUGGUCGCCGGUUUGGUCGAGACGGUCGGAUGCGCACCAUCGCGCAGUGGAGCCGCCCCGGACGCCGUCCAUGCGCUCCCUUCGCCGACUACCAUCUAAUGUGUCGGGGAGCUCGGGCGGCAGCGUCAUUCAUUUGGUGGAAGCGCGGGGACCGACGGAUCUACCGUAUGCUUUCAAUUUUGGGGGGAGCGUCGAACGCCUUUAAUCCCGAGGUACGAAUGUGCUAGUUUUAAUGUGAUAAUUAAGUCCGAU